UUUUUUGGUAUACCGCUUACCGGAGUACCAACACCAGUAGAGACAGCACACAUCUCAAAAUACUGUAACCUCGAACGUCGAGGUGGACUCACACGACACAUGGCCCCAGAACAUGACGUACUACACGGUAUAUGCGAACGGGCUGAUGCCUGAAGAGGCGGCGCACUCUCUCUAUGGGUGCUACCGACUCUCGGCUGUACCCCGCCCACUGGGGGGCUCCGGCCGGGCGUCCCGGCCCGCCCUCAGGAUUGGUCGAUCAGGAUUGGUCGAUCACGAGAGCCGCGACGUGGGCAGGAAGCCCGCCGCAGCCCCGCGCGCGGCGAGCUGCAUCGCGUCCAGCCGCCUCGGGGUCGAGAGAGGAGAGUACGCAGCCAGCCCUCCGUACCCUCCGAGCCCGAGCUCGAUCGAGAGCUGCUCACGGAACCCCUCGUACACGCGCCGGAAGUGCGCCGACGGCCCGGACACCCGACGCACAAGAAUGUCGUGGGUGGCGACGGUGACGGCGGCGGCGGCGGAGGAGGAAGAGGAAGUGGCUGCGCCGCUGCUGCCGCUGCUGCCGCUGUUGCCGCUGCUGCCGCUGCUGCCUUCAGGCCGCGCCUCGCCCUCUCUGGCCCCGAGAGGUGGCGAGGCGGAGGGCGAAGGCGAGGGGAGGAUCGAGAUCGACAGCUCCACGCGCGCCGUGCCUCUCUCGAGCAGCGAGUCGAGCCUCGCCAGAGCCUCCUUCUCCUCCUCCGCCGACACGGAGUACCGGCCGGCGCUGGCGGC